CUUCCUGAUGAGUCAGAUGCCGCUGGGUGCACGGAAUCCCAUGGCGCCUGGCAGCGGGAGGUCCGGGGGACAUGUACUGGCUCACAUACUGAUCUGCGGCCAACCAGUGCUCCUGGAAGUACAGAUUUCCACUAUUUAAACAUCUUUGCAAUGCGCAAGGGUUACAAGAAUACAAAUUUCAGGAGCAAAUGGCUUCAAAUACAUUUAUAGCCGAUGGAAGGCUGGAAACCUUACAGAUCUACAAAGUUCUUCAGUGUGUACAUGAUCAAGACAAAGCUCAGAUAGAAAAAUUAGUAAAACUUGGAAUCCCGGACCUUAUAAACCUUACCGAGCCACGUAAUGGAGAUGGCGCCCUACACAUUGCCGCUGUGGAUAAUAAUGUUGACAUGUGUAACUUCCUUCUUAACAUCGGAGCCCAUCCGGAUAUACAAGACAUUAAAGGGCGCACUCCAGCUAUGAAAGCCGCAGAAUUAGGACAUGACUUGGUGCUAGAAGUUCUUGCCAAAGCCAAAGCCGACAUGACCAUUGUGAAUAAAGAAGGAAAAGGGAUCUUAUUUUACUGCAUCUCACCCACCAAGAGACAUCUACGUUGUUUUCAGAUAGUGCUGGAUUGUGGAGCUGACGUCCAUAACAGAGCAACAGAUGGGAUAUCUGUGCUACUGGCCGCGUGUGAACAGGCUCAGGGGUGCAAAGAGAUGUGUCUGAUGUUACUGGAAAGAGGGGCCAAUCCCAAUGCAUUCCACCCUUUGACGAGUCGCACGGCUCUGAUGGAAGCAGCAAGAGAAGGCGCCUUAGACGUCGUCCGGAGUAUUUUGGAGAAAGGAGGAGAUGUUAAUGCUUUUGACAAACAACGAUAUCAUGCUGUUCAUUUUGCUGCUAAAGGUGGAUUUUUGGAGAUCCUAAUGGUGCUAUCUGCAUAUAAAGGGGACAUGGGAAUUAUUGCAAUGGAUGGAAACACGGCCCUUCACCAUGCUGCUGGCGGUGGCUUUGCUGAUUGCUGCAAGUUCCUUGGACAAAGAGGUUGCAAUCCAACUUGGAAAAAUACCAAAACUCUGACACCCAAAGCAGUCGCAAAGGAAGGUGGCUUCAAGGCUGCAAUGAAGGAAUUGGGGAAAGCUAUGCGUCUUUUUAAAAAAUAUUCUAAGCCUGGUGUAAAAAAUCCAAACCCACCGUGGUGUAUAACGCUACAUGAUUGGUCAUUUGAGCACCAAGUGGCUCUUAGAAAUUCUUUUACUUUGUUGGAUAAUGGAGAUGGAACUGUCACAAAAGAGGACUUUGUAUCAGUCCUUACAGAGAAGGGAGCACCGCUGUCUGAAGAGGACACUAAAACUAUCAUUCAAUAUCAUGAGAUUGGCAGGGGAGGUAAAAUUAAUACUGAAGAGUUUUUGAAAGGAUCGAAGUACUUACAAAAAGCAUUUUUGCUCUCUUCUUAUGGUCCAAAAAAGAAAAAAGGUAAAAAAGGUAAGAAGGGGAAAAAAGGAAAAAGUACACCACCCAUGCCAAUAUGUAUGAUGCCAAGUGACCUAAUUUCACACCGGGAAGAUACUGGACUUCCCAAUUUUAUGAUCAAGACUUUUCAUAAUGUUACUGAUAUCAAUCGAUUUGACUGUGACCACCCACCUCAAAAUCCAGUGAUAGAUGACACCGGAUGGUACGUGGAUGAAUUGGAAAAAGUAUAUACGCAUAUUAAUAUUGCCACCAAAGCCGGAGACCUAGAGUCCUUGAAGAGGGCUUUUGAAGAAGGUGUCCCUGUAGAUGUGAAGGACACUUUUUAUAAAACACCCCUGAUUUCUGCAUGUGCUCAUAGAAAAAUGGACGUUGUGAAAUUUCUUCUAGAUAAAGGUGCUGACGUGAAUGUCAGGGAUAAUUUCAUGUGGACUCCUCUGCAUCAUGCCUGCCACGCUGGUGAGAAAGACAUUGCUGAACUGCUGCUGAAACAUGGAGCCAAGAUAGAUGCAGUGGCUCUCAGUGGAUCCACACCACUGAUGAGAGCUGUAGAAAGUGGAAGCUUGGACUGUGCCCACUUUUUAAUAAAAUCAGGAGCAAAAGUGCAGAUUGUGAACAAGAAAGGAGAGAAUGUUCUUGAUGUUGCUAAAGCAUACGCCGACAGCAGGCUGAUAGACAUGAUUCAAGCAAAGCUGGACAGCCUGCCAAAACCUAAAGAGAAGAAGGGCAGCAAACGGAAAGGCAAAAUGGAAGGAAAAUCAGGAGCAGUAUCUAGGCCUCAGACUGCGACUGCCACAGAACCCGUACCUGUAAUGCAAGAGUUAUCAGUUCCUCCUAAACACAAGAUGAAGAGUAAUCUUGUUCAACUAAACAAUCUCAUCGAGAUCGGCGAAACAAAGAAAGUGGACAUAACAUUUAUACCUAAAACGAUUUGGGUCUCUGAGCCCACGACGGACGGCCUAAUAAGAAAGAGAGAACAGCAGCGGGAACGAUAUACAUAUAAAGUGGAUUUUGAAAAUUUCCAAAUGCCAUUCAACAGAAAUCUUUCGGAGAAAACCUCGGCACUUUUAGCACAGUGACCCUUCUAUGUUCAUUGAAAUAGUGCUGUUUGUAGGCAAGAAUAAAACAACACUUAGUUGACAUGAA